ACGACUCACUCGAUCCACGACUCAACAGUGCUCUUCCCGUUGCCACUUCAAUCGUACUUUCAACAUUAUAAAACAUCAAGUUAUCCUUUGUCUCAUCAUCAUCAUCAUCAUCAUCAUUAUCUUCACGAUAUGCAUGUUCAGGGAUUCACUAAAAUGAGGUAUUAAAUGGACGAAAGUGCAAGGGGACUUCUUUGAGACUCGCUAGACAGCCUUACCUGGCCACUUCACGCAGACUCCGGUCAAGGUCGUACGAAUGGCGUUCUUUUUUGCACGAAACCAUGAUUCUACCCGGUGUCCCAACUGUAAGAACUCAUUCAAAUUAUUUCUAUUAUUAAUAUAUAAUAUUUUUAUGUUUCAGGUUGAUCAUCGUGUUUCAUCGGUUAUCACGGAAUUUCCAAGAUUCCUGCAAAACCGACGACAUCCCCCGUCGACUAGUAGAUAAAGGAGAGAUCCCAGUACGAAAAAUAACCUGCGUAUUCAUUUGAAGCGUCAGUACUCGAACAUCAAAAACAAUUCAAUUACAAGUUAAUUUCUAUUAAAUCACGGCCACGAGCAACUCCAACAGCAUGGAGGAAGAGUCGCUGGAGCUGGAGGAUGGAGAAGUCGUGGAGGACGAGCCCAUCGACAGCUUUGGACCUUACAAUGUUCUCCAAAGGCCUCACACGGUUGUGACUAAUGUGAAGCCCCCGAAGCCGACGUACAGCGAUGACUCGGAUGAAACGUCAGAAUCCCCCAGUGACUCGGACUCAGACUCAGCCCUGAGGAAGCAGAAACGUCCAAAGAUCAAGGCAAAGAGACGAAAAACCGAGGAGCCUAAGAAAAUAGACAAGUACAAGAUCUGGUGUACACAAGUCCAGGAGGAGGUGCUCACCGAGGAUCUCGUGUCGUGCGGUGUCACCAGAAAAAUGCAUCAGGGUCGUAACGUCGAGAAUUACGAUCUCCCAACGGAUUUCAGGGUCAAUGGGUACAAUUUGGGGAACAGCUCUGAAGAUGAGAGGGAAGUCGAGCCGAGGAGGACCAACAAGAGGACCAAUGCUGACAGGAAAAAUGUCAAACUGAGGCUGGGAAAACGACAGAAUUCCAUGGAUGUGGAUCACCAGAAGGGCGAGGGCAGAACAAUAGCUGAAUUAUCGACGAGUAUCGAGGGAACUGACGAGGAAGUCGCUGUCGAUAUUGCUGAGAAGCUUAAUGAGAAGAAGGACUCGUUAAUUAAGAAAGUUGUUGAUAUUCUUGGGAAGGAGAAGGCUAUAGAGUUCUAUCAGAAGACUAAAAAAAUCGAGGAGGACGGUGGAAUGUUGAUAAUGAAUGGAUCCAGGAGAAGAACUCCAGGGGGAGUUUAUUUGUAUCUCGUGAAGAACGACGAUCACAUCCCACAGGAGAAAAUACGUCAGGUAUUUCUCGUUGAUAAGAAGGAAUGUACGGAGAAAAAGAGGGCUGACCAGAGGGACAAGAUACGUCAGAAGGCGAAGGAACUGAUGAGGAAUGGAUCUGAGAAGGACCUGCCAGCACUUCUGACGAGGGCUGAAUUGUCGACUCGACAAAUUGCAGAGGAGGCUAGACUCAGGAGGGGUGAGGGCAUGGAGAGAGAUCCAGUGGAUUCUGACAGACCUGUCUCCAAUCCACCACCAAGUCCUGUCACCGACGAUCCUGAUCACUCUGAACAGGUGAUUGGUCAUCAUCAAAGGCGAAUCGAGGAUUACAGCGAUGAUUUUCUCGAUCUCGGUGCUGACAUCGACGACAUGGAGAUGCUCUGAAACUUUUUAUAUUUCGAGGGAAUGUUACAAGCACACGUUGACGUUAGAUUGUUUUAGUUACUG